GUUCUAAGUUUCAAGAACUCAUUUUGUUAGAACUCAGAUUAGAAGAAGAAAAAUCAAGAACAAGAAAUUUUUGAAAAAAAAAAUGAAGGGUUGUGAAUUAGAGCUGCCGGCUGGGUUCAGAUUUCAUCCAACUGAUGAAGAAUUAGUUAUGCACUAUUUGUGCCGUAAAUGUGCAUCUUUACCAAUUUCAGUACCAAUUAUUGCUGAUAUUGACCUAUACAAGUUUGAUCCAUGGCUACUCCCAGGUUUGGCACUAUAUGGUGAAAAAGAAUGGUAUUUCUUUUCUCCAAGAGAUAGGAAGUAUCCGAACGGGUCGAGGCCGAAUCGAGCUGCGGGGAGUGGGUAUUGGAAAGCUACAGGGGCGGAUAAACCAAUUGGGAAGCCAAAACCAGUUGGGAUCAAGAAAGCUUUGGUGUUUUAUGAGGGGAAAGCACCCAGAGGUGUGAAGACUAAUUGGAUUAUGCAUGAGUAUAGACUUGCCGGUGUAGAUAGAUCGGCGCGCAAGAAGAGUGGCAGCAACUCAAGGCUUGAUGAUUGGGUCUUAUGUCGAAUUUACAACAAGAAGGGUUUCAUUGAAAAACAAGGGACAAGUAAUGGUAUCACAGAUAAGGCGAUGCUCAAGUCCUCAGUUUACAACAAUAGCCUUACUGAAAGCUCCUCAGAGCAUGAAGAUCAAAAGCCAGAUGUAUUAACACAUUACAACCAGAACACGGUUCAUACUUGGGGAAACCAAACUCCACCUGCUCAAGUCGUCAACAAUGACUAUGUAUACUUUGAUACUUCUGAUUCUGUUCCAAGAUUACAUACUGAUUCAAGUAAUUGCUCGGAGCACGUGACAUCGACAUGUGAAAGAGAGGUCCAAAGUCAACCAAGAUCAUCAUCGUCAUGGAGCAGGGAUUUUGAUUGGGGAAUGCAAUUUAAUGGGAAUGAUGUUACUGAUCCUUAUGCAUCCUCUGGCGGACACCAAGUGGAUAACAACAAUAUUGAGCUCUCGCCAUUACAAGAUAUGUUCAUGUAUUUACAGAAUCCCUACUAGGCUCUGUUGCAUCCGUUUGGAUUUGCAUAACCUAAUUCUUUUCAUCCUUUCCUUCUCAAAUAUUUUAUCCGCACAUGAGACUUUUUAAUGGAAAAAAAAGGCCAUGAUUGUGCUUGUAAUAUUUGAGGGUGCAAGAUGACCAGUUAGAGUUGGCUAGCUCGCUAGUACUUACUACUUAGUCUUCCUGUUAAAGCUGGGGCUACAAUGUGUAACUACAUGCAUUUAUAAUUCACCAGUGUUGUUAAUGUUAUGCUUGGCUGAUAUUUGCCCUUUCCUAAAA